AUGCGUUGCUUGAAUUCUAAGCAGGGGCUUUGCGAGAUGAAAAAUAGUCUGAUCGACCUAAUCACUAGCGCCAAUUGUGGAAUAUGGCGCACUUGUCCCUCGGUUAGUAAUCCACGUUUCAGAAGGCUGAACUACAACUUGAAAAUAUCUGGGGGAGUCUUGGCAUAA